CUCGUCCCGCCCCUCCCUCUCACACACACAUGAACACACUGAACCCCCCCUCUACUCCCUUCUCCGUUCUUCAUGGCCUCUUUGUUGCCCAGAUCCUCCCAGGUGAGAGCCCACGCCUGCUGUUACCAUGACGACCAUUCACCACAAGCAGAUGUUGUAGGAGCACAUGUCCAUGGAGUUUUCCAGCUCCGCCACCCAUGUGCAGACCUUCUCCGAGACAACCAAGAUCGUGGGAGGAAAUGUCCUUAGCACAGUUCCUGACACAAGGCAAGUGCUGCAUGGAUCCCUCUCUCUGUCCUCAGAUCAAGAUAAGAUGGAUUUCAAAAGGAUGCUGAAGAAGAGGGCUCCCCCUGCUCUCAAGAAGCAGCAGCAAAAGGUGACAGAUGACAAAGAGAUGCUGGAAAUUCUGUCCAAGGUGCCCAAGAAGGACUUCGAGAAGGUCUGCAUGGAAUAUGGUUUCACUGACUUCCAAGGGCUACUCAAAAGUCUCAAAGAGAUGAAGAAGAAAGUGGAUGUGCGUGCCAUCCAGAUUCUAAAGCCCCUGGAAGACAUAGAGACCAAGAUUGACACCACAGUGACCUCUGACUGAUUCAUGGAGCUGAAGGACCCCAAUAUCAAGAUGAUAUGGAUCAAGGGUGGUGAGCCACUGAGGAUCCAGUAACCCCUGGGCAAGUAUAAUGUGAAGCUUGGCACCAAGUACAUGCUGAUUUUUACCAACAUGAACAUGCACAAUGCAGGCACCUUCACCUGGUUUCUCUCUCUGUCCACAGGCAUCCCCAUCAAGUUUGUGAGCAAUCGUGUGAAAGAGAGGAGUGUGCAUGCCUGGAGUGUGAUGACAUCCAAGGAUGUGACCCUGCGCUGAAAGGGCGGGAGGCUGCUAGAACGUGGCAACAAGUAUAGCAUGAGCCACAAGGGCAAGCGAGCAGAGCUCAUCAUUGAGGAUGCUCAGCUAAGUGACAGUGACGAGCACACCGUGGUGGCCAUGAAGGAUGGGGACCCCGCUGAACACUACAGUACUGCCAUGGUCACUGUGGAAGAGCGUCUGGCCACUGUGAAGAGCAGGAUGUCUGAUGUACACGCAGCCACCAGGAACCCAGCGGAGUUCUGCAUGGUGCUGAAUGACAAGAAGGGAGGCCUGUGGCUGAAGGACAGUAAGGAGAUCACAGACUUUCCCGUGGUGCAAAUCGUGAAGUAGGGUGUGGUGCACAAGCUCAUCUUUCCCAAAAUGGGCCCCAUGCACAAGGGCAACAAUUUCCGGGCCAAGGACACAGAGAGUAAAGCAUCGGUAUUCAUUGCAGAUCCUCCCGCUAUUGAUCCUUCCAUACUCAAGGCACUAGCUGCGCAUCCAGUGAUGGAGGUGGGCCACACAGCAAGCAUCAAGGUGCCUUUCCUGGCAAAGCCGCUGCCCAAAGUGACACGGUACAAGGACAGCAUGGAGGCAACAGAGGAGAAGCGCGUGUCCAUAGAACGAGGGGAAAACCAGGCUCUCACCACUUCAAACUGUGUGCGUGAGGACAAUGGCCUUGUCCUGCUCUAACUCAAGAAUGACCAUGGCUCAGCUAUUGCCGCUCUGCAUCUCAGCAUGCUGGAUCAUCCCAAGCCUCCGCAGGGCAAAGUGGAAUUCCUGGAGCUCUCAGGCAGCUGUGUGCACAUGAAGUGGAAGACUCCAAAGGACAAUGGUGGGUGACCUGUGACACACGUUCAUAGUGGCAUGAGGGCAGUUGGCAAGAAAUCUUGGGUUAGGAUAGGCGAGGUAGAAAGUAAAGUCACCCAAUUCGCCACCAACAAGGUAGAAGGAGGAAAAGCUUGCCAGUUUCAUAUCCUGUCAGUCAAUACAGGAGGAGUGAGCGACCCAUUGGAGACAGAUGAAGUGUUUUCAGGAAAUUUUAUUGAGCUCCCUUGUCUUACCUCCCAGCCUCAAGUGACUGAUGUGACGAAAGAGGAUGUGACUAUCACAUGGAAUGCCCCCAGCCAGGGGGGAGCACCAGUCCUCGGCUACAUGGUGGAGUGGAAGAAGAAAGGCAGUAACUUGUGGGUACCAGUCAACAAGGACCCCAUCCAAGACACCAAGUGCACCGUGGAUGGUCUCCUUUUGGACACAGGAUAUGAAUUUCAAGUAAUAGCUAUAAAUAAGGCAGAUUUUCGCUGGCCACCCACAAAUCUACAAGUGUUUGAGGAGGUCCUAAUUACGGUGACGAUCUGGGACCACAGCCCUGAUGUGCAGAAUGACAGGGAGGCCCACUGCGUCAUCAUGAAGCGGGAAGCCACCACAGCCACCUGGUUCACUGCCGCCCACCGAGUAUUCAACAAGUACAAGGUGACCGGCUUGCUCCCUGGCAGGAAGUACUCCUUCUGAGUGGUGGCCCGGAAUGAAACUGGUGACAGUAACCCACUAGACUCCGAGGAUACCUGGCUGGUCAACAAAGACAAGAUCCAGGACCUGAGCUCUAAAUUGAAGCCGCACCAACAGGACUGGUGCCACACACCACUGCGCUUCGUGAAACCGCUCAAGUCGCACACUGUGCUGAGCAGCCAGGACUGCACCAUGACCUGCGCCUUCCUUGGGAACCCGUGGCCCACGGUGACCCUCAACAAAGUUGACAUCAACAUCAUGGCCAACUCCAAGUUCUGGUACAAUUCCACCAGCGGCGUGUGCACCAUUGUCAUCCCCACCUGCACGCUCAACGACAGUGGCCAUUACAGCAUGCUGGCAGAGAAUGAGCUGGGCAAGGAUCUGCAGCAACUGCAAGUUCAUGGUCUAAGGUGA